AUUUACGAAGACAGAUGGUUGGCCGUACCGCCUACUACAAGCAUGGAAUAUUAAAUAACGCUCUCAAGUAAGAUGAACAAGUUACAUAAUAUCCAAUCAAAGCGAACCGAUUAGAGCGUUGACGAAUAGCGAGACAGCAAGUCAGUCUUAUGAUUGGAAAAGAAAAGUAUAAAAGCUUAGAGGAUACGACGUGACACAGAGCUUUUCUGUGCUUCUUUGAUCAGCUGUACCGUCUCCUUUUAAAGAGUGCAUGCAGCUCCGGUGCGGAAAAGGAAGAGAGUAUCGGGGAUUUGAGGAGGAUGGAGUUGACUUCUUUUCUUCUGUGUGUCUUCAUUUUGAACGCAUCAGGUUCGCUCGGUCUACACACUAACUACGAUGGCACCUAUAUCACAACCCUGGUCUCACCCGACCAUCCCGGUAUCUAUCCUUCUGACACCCAGAUAGAGUGGAACGUUGUGACCGACCCUGAUCAGAUGGUAGUGAUUGACGUCAAAAUACUAGAUAUUGAACAUAUCUGGGAUACGGUGCAUAUUCAUCACGUGUCAACUGAUGGGAUGACUGCUACGAAUCUCUCAUUGGCUAGCAGUUCUGUGACGUCACUUAUUCUACCGGGAGGAUCUACGGUGGUCAGCUUCUGUAGUGACGUUAUUGAGCAGCGCCAGGGCUUUGUCAUGGAGUUUACGUCAUACGAUUGCGAUACUUUAAUUUAUGGACAUUCAACGUGA